AACUCGCCAGCCGGAUCGUUUAGUGAUUGGUUUAUCGGUAGGGUUGCUAACCGAAUGAAUUCUGUUUGGUCAGAGUUUGACAUUGCUUUUUCCGAUUGGCCGCGCCUAGUCCUCUGUAGCGUGUGGGCGGGUCUGUUGUGCUUGAAGCAUGGAGCGUACAGGGGACGGACUGACUAUCCGGAGACCCCGGAAUAAUGUCGCCGCGGAAAGCGGUUCUGGGCUCCGUAGAGAAGAAAGUGUUAGGGAAAAGAAGAAACCGCGACAACUUGAUGGAGGGUUUGGCGCUGCUGUACCAGUCCUGUUGCUGCUCUAUGUUCUGGGUGUGCGAGGGCUGGUGCACAUCUCUCUGCGGCAGCUUGUCACACCGGGAGGGCAUAGUACGGGCUUCAAUGCAUCUACUGCCAGGGAGUACCUGCAACAGAUCACAUCCAUUGAUUCCAGAAUAGUGGGAAGCCCUGAAAAUGAAAUUAUUGCAGUUGAUUACCUUUUGGGAAAGAUUAAAGACAUUGAAGAAAAAGUCAACUCGGUCCACAAGAUAACAGUGGAUGUACAAAGGCCCACAGGCACUUUUAGCAUUGACUUUCUAGGGGGCUUCACCAGUUACUAUGACAACAUUACUAAUAUUGCUGUGAAAUUGGAACCUGAAUUUGGAGCAGAGCACGCUGUUCUUGCAAACUGUCACUUUGACUCUGUAGCAAAUACGCCAGGUGCCAGUGAUGAUGCAGUGAGCUGUGCGGUCAUGCUUGAAAUAUUGGGCUCUCUAUCAGUUUCUUCAAAACCCUUAAGGCAUGCAAUUAUUUUUCUAUUCAAUGGCGCAGAAGAGAAUAUCCUGCAGGGUAGUCAUGGAUUCAUCACACAGCACCCAUGGGCUAAGAUGGUUCGAGCAUUCAUUAAUUUAGAAGCUGCAGGAGUUGGAGGAAAAGAGCUAGUGUUUCAGACAGGCCCAGAAAACCCGUGGUUGGUGCAGGCAUAUGCUUUAGCUGCAGUUCAUCCAUUUGCAUCGGUGGUAGCCCAGGAAGUUUUCCAAAGUGGAAUUAUCCCUUCAGAUACAGACUUCCGUAUAUAUAGAGAUUUUGGUAACAUUCCAGGAAUUGACUUGGCAUUCAUUGAGAAUGGCUACAUUUACCAUACAAAAUAUGACACAUGGAACAGAAUUCUCACCGAGUCCAUACAGAGAGCAGGUGACAAUAUUCUUGGCGUCUUGCAUUACUUAGCUACUUCGUCCCAGCUUGCUGAGUCCUCAAAAUUCCGUCAUGGGAACAUGGUGUUCUUCGAUGUGUGUGGAUUAUUUGUUUUGUCUUACCCAGCCCGUCUUGGAACCAUCAUAAACUACAUUACAGCAGCUGUAACCCUUUUCUAUAUCGGCAAAAAAAUUAUUAAAUACAAGCAAGGGGGCACAAACUAUGCACGGGACCUUGUGUACGGCUUUUUGAUUACAUUAGUAAGCUGGGUUUCUGCAUUAGUGACUGUCCUCAUCAUUGCUGUGCUUGUGUCACUCGCUGGAAAAGCCCUAUUUUGGUAUACACACUUCUAUGUUUCUGUUUUCCUCUAUGGAUCCGCAGCUGUGGCCAAACUUAUUCUGGUGCAUUCCCUAGCAAAGACUUUCUUCUUUGCAGGAGCAAGCAGCCAGUAUCUAGGCGACGUGUUUUUUGACAUCUCCUUAAUAAUUUGGUGCAUUCCUUUGGUGCUGCUAACACAAAGUGGCCUGUGCUCUGCUUACUUCUUUGCUGCAUGGAUAAUUUUCCCAUUGCUCACAAAGCUGUUACUUCAACCAGAUAUUAUCCAUCAAGGUUCUCCCUAUAAGUUUACUGUGAUUUAUCUUCUUGGAUUAUUUCCACCCUAUCUGCACACGAUGUACCAUGUAUGGGCAGUCUUUGAAAUGUUCACUCCUAUUCUUGGCCGCAGUGGCACAGAAAUUCCGCCUGACGUUGUGCUAGGUUUCCUGAUUAUCGCAUGUACCAUAAUGCUGAUAUCUUACUUUAUUAGCUUUAUCUAUCUAGUAAAAAACACCAAGAACAUUAUUGUACCUUUGGCUGUUUUAUCAGUUCUUACAUUCCUGCUUGUCUGCAGUGGGAUGUUCUUCCCAUACAGCUCCAGUACUGACAGCCCUAAACCAAAGAGGAUCUUCCUGCAGCAUACAACCCGAACAUUUCACAGUUUGACAGGAGAAGUGGUAAAAAAAGAUUCUGGCAUAUGGAUUAAUGGCUUUGAUUACACUGGAAUAUCUCAUGUCACUCCUCAUUUUCCUGAAUUAAAUGAUACUGUGCGUGCCCCAUGUGAUGAUGCCCCACUCUGUGGCUUUCCUUGGUAUUUUCCUGUUCACAAUUUGAUCAGAAAAAACUGGUACCUCCCAGCCCCACCAGCUCCUAUCUACGAACACACAGAAUUUAAACUUGUGUCCAGGGAGGAGAUGUCUUGGGGUACUACAAGACUGCAUUUUGAGGCGAAAGGACCAAGUCACAUGACUGUAUAUGUACGCCCACAUGCUGACUCUGUAUUGUCCAGUUGGUCUCUUGGUGAUGGAAUUCCUAUAGCCAGUGGAGAAAAGGACUAUUUUAUAUUUUACUCUCACGGACUAUAUGCCCCAGCAUGGAAGUUUUGGAUAGAAGUUAAGAACUCAGCUGACGAAAGUAAGGGAAUAGUGACAGUUGCAGUCGGUUCACAUUACUUCUUCGGAGACAGUCGCAAUUCUCCUCAUCUGAAAACAGUGGAGUUGAAAUUUCCAGACUGGAGUUUCCCAUCAAGUUGGGUGUGCACCUAUGACCUCUAUGUCUACUGAUAUGUUGCAAAGAUUUAUAGAGGCCAGCUACCCAUAUGUAAUAUUCCUUUCCUUUUAACCUUAUUGCAAAUCAAAUCUGUGAGUGCUACUAGUGGACUGUUAUUCAAGCACCAGAGAGACAUACAAUGCAAUGCGAGAUGACCUCUUCCAGAGUGACAGCAGCAUUAUGGUGGAAUAGAGUCCAACCUACUUUAGCUUUUUCUACAACUGCUUCAUUUUUUAUCUAUGUCGGACUAAAUGGUGAUAAUUUCAUUGCACAGAGGGUUAAUAAUAUGAGAAACUGGAAUGUCACGAUAAGCUGAAUAUUCUGCAGUGUAAUGCCGGAUCAAAGAAGAAGUCUUAAGCUCAGGAUUGUUAAUGGUUCGUGUGAUUUUAAAGCACACCUUGUUUUAUAAAUGGAGAUGUAAAAUAGUUGAGAUGUUUAUUUGAAAUCAUAAAGAUUGACAAUUUUUUCUAUUUAUUUUCCAAAGAACUGUUUAGAGUAUCAGGCAGCUGCUUCGUUUAUCCUGUUUGGUGAAUGCUAAUACUGUGUGGUGUUUUUCUUUUUAAUAAUUCCUACACAUAAGUUCAGCCAAGCUACUGCAUAAAACAUUCCCUCCUUUUAUGCCUUUAGGGUGAAGACACACACAGCUACUAGUAGCAGCUACUUGUUUUGGCUACUAAAAUAGAUAAUACUGAUCAUUUACUGAUAAUUGUCUCCAUGUGUGUUUUAGCAGAAUCAAUUGUCAGUAUUGUCUAUGGCAGAGUAUUUUCUGGCCUUUGGUAGCCGUGAUGAGUAGCUGCAACUAAGUAGCUCCAUGUGCCUUCAACUGGGUGUGAUGAAUGCAAGUGUACAAAGUACAAAUUUUUUUAACACUGUAACUCUGACCUACAGCACUGAAAUGACGCAAUAUAGGAGGAACUAGUAUAGAAAAUAGCCUAACAGCGAUACAGGGGUCAUAAAUCAUUAAUAAUGCUAGUGUUUAUAGUUGAGCGAUAUAGGGGCCUAAUCUUAUUAACAGCAGACACAAGUUAAAUAGAGGUUUUUGCCAUUGCUGUUGAAUCAAGUGGAAAGCCAAGUAGGCCUCCAGGUAUCAGAAUUCCAUUGGGCAGGGAUAUGUGGCGCUUUCUAAGUAAAAAGCAAAUCGAUAUAUUCUUAACAAUCAGCUUUUGUUUAGAAUGUUGCACUGCUGAUACAGCUUGAAAGACAUGUGUUGCCAAAUCCCUGCAGGUAUUUUAUUCGAUAUCUAUUUUCCAGAAUUGCUUUCUUUGCAAAACCAUAUUGAGUAUUUUAGAACAUCAGACAACAGUACAAUACAGUACAAUACGACAGUAUUCUGUAGUUUUUAAUAUGUUUUACAGUUGUAGGUGAUAACAGUGGUGCUGGUGGGGUUAUAGAGUGUAAGAGCUAGUGCUCUUGCCCACUGAUCUUAUGAAUCAAAGAUUCAUACUCUGUCAUCUGUAUUUAAGAUUAAAGGGAUUCUGUCAUGAUUUUUAUGGUAUACUUUUUAUUUCUAAAUGGCACUGUUUACAUAACAAAUAAUUCAGUCUACCAUUUAAAAUUGUAUUCUUGAACCAACAAAUGUAUUUUUAGUUGUAAUAUUGGUGAGUAGGCAGCCAUCUCAGUGCAUUGUGCCUGAGUCUGAGCUUUCAGAAGGAGCCAGCGCUACACAUUACAACUGCAUUCAGGUAACAUAUUGUUUCUCCUACUUCCAUGUAAUUGGAGGAGUCCCAAGUCAGACUUGGAUUUCUUAUUAUUGAGUGCUAUUCUGAUAUCUGCUGGGAGUUGUUAUUUUGCUACCUUCCCAUUGUUCUGCCAAUUGGCUGCUGGGAGGGGGGUGAUAUCACUCCAACUUGCAGCGCAGCAGUAAAGUGUGACUGAAGUUUAUCAGAGCACAGGUCACAUGGCUGUGGCACCCUGGGAAAUGAAGAAUAUGGCUAGCCCCAUGUGAAAUUUCAAAAUUAAAUAUAAAAAAAAAUCUGUGUUUUUGAAAAAUGGAUUUCAUUGCAGUAUUCUGCUGGAGAAACUCUUAACUGAUGUGUUUCUAAAAAAAAAAAAAAACAUGUUUUCCUUCACGCUCACUCCUGCCCAAUGAAACAAUGAACAUAAAAAAGUUAAUGAUAAGCAGUUUUUUUACUGUGCUGAAAAAAAUAAUAUUCUCUUGUGUGCACCAGUUGUGCUACAAUAGUUAUUACAGGUUGUACAUAUAUUGGGCGAUACAUUCAUUGUCCUGCACAUUCUAGACUUAUUCAUGAGUUUUGCAAAUACUGAGCACUACUACAUGCCUUCAUGUUGUUCUGCCUAUCUCAUCCAUUACUGUAAAGAAGGCAGCUAUUGUCUGUUAGCAAAUAUACAGGUUCCUGAAUGUGUAUUUGUCUAUGUUGCAUUGUGUAUUUGAGCUGAUUUGCUAUGUAGAGAAUGGCUUUUGAUCUAGUUGAAUCAUAUUAGGAACCUGCUGUUCUUUUUUGCUACUGUAUUGCUGGUUAUAUGAUUACAUAGCAAACACAUUGAAUUCCUUUUAAUAUUUCCUGUGGAGCUGCUUUAAUUAUUUAUAGUAAAAGGUGGAAAUGGGUUCUUUGCUUUUUUUUUUUUUUGCCCUAACUUGUGUUUUCUAUACCCUAAAUACCUACAGGUCAUUCUAACCAAAAUGUAAAGUGAAACCUUUCACCAUAUCUGUUUUUAAUAAAUUUUGAUGACUUGAACUUGA